AUGGUCUUCGCUAUUGUUUCAUCGUCAGCCAGAGGUGGAUACAGAGUCAUUAUUGUUUUCCUCUUUUUUACAAGUCUCUUCAAACGUGGUCGUCUUGGAAUAGGCAUCCCGAUGAAGUCGUCGUCAUCAAAUUUCAACGCCUCGUCCGUCCCGGGUCUUCAAAAGGAUGACAAGGCUCAUAAUGUUGUUGUGCACGUAGGAGCUAAGGUUGUUGAUCAUGUACAGAAGUCUAGCUUGCACAACGAGAUGCAUCAUACAAUCAUAGGAGGAAUUCUGGUAGCGACGUUGCAUGACAAUAACACACUGGGAAAGGGAAUGGCUGUUGGAGUGGUGUUGUUGGUCUGCCUAUUUUUGUCUGGAUUUGCAUGGUCAUGGGGUCCUCUUGGUUGGUUGAUACCAAGUGAAACAUUCCCACUAGAAACAAGAACAGCUGGUUAUGCAUUUGCUGUGAGUUCAAACAUGCUCUUCACUUUCCUCAUUGCACAAGCAUUUCUAUCAAUGUUGUGCCAGAUGAAGUCUGGUAUCUUCUUCUUCGCGGGGUGGAUCAUCAUCAUGGCGUUGUUCAUAAAAUUCAUGCUGCCAGAGACCAAAGGGAUUCCAAUAGAGGAGAUGACUGAAAGAGUGUGGAAGAAUCAUUGGUAUUGGAAGAGGUUCAUGGUUGAAGAUGAAUGUGAGCUUUCCAAGAUGGAGAAGGGCAUUUCACCCUAA